GUGCGGUGCAUUUUCUGUGACUGGUGUAACCAGAGCAAUGCGGGCGUUUUCUUGCCAGGGUGCAUUGACCCCAAACGUACCCAAUCCUGACUGACACGAUGUCAUUUUUUUUUCGCACGUGUGUUUGUUGUUCGUUCGCUGCCGUGUCCAGCCCAACACCGGAAUACUUUGUCCAAGAGCAAACGCGAGUGGCGACUCAGCUUGCAGCCUUGGAGGCAUUGUGGAGGCGGAGACGACCGAACUGAGACAUAGUUGACGAGCGAGCGUGUUCCAGAGUCAUGGGACGGCGGAAGAGACGCAACAAGCGGUUCAACCGCAAGGAUGCCGUCACCUUCCAUCUUGUCCAUCGGUCGCAGAGAGAUCCGCUGGCAGCCAAUGCUGAUGUGCCGCAGAUGGUGCUCGUGCCAGAUGGUAGGACGGCCAAGAAGCUGGCGGAUGUGGCGCGGGAGGCCGAUGGCGGACGGUCGUCGCGUGUGGCAACCCGCGAUGACUUUGCGGACGCCGUCUUUACACCCUCGGACUUUGCGGCGCUCAAGGGCGGGGCUGGUGAGGGCGCUGGCGGCGGGUACGAGUACGAGUACGAGUACUACUCGGACGGCGAGGACGAUGGCGGCGAUGGCGGCAAAGGCAAGGCCGAGGUUGAGGGUGAGGCCGGGGCGUCGGGAGAAAAGCAGUUGGAAGGCGACAGCCUUGUGCCGCGCGACGCAGAGGGACGUGUCCUUGUGGCAGCGAUUAAUCCGGAUCUUGAUGCCGACGUGGACGGAUCUGUUGUGGACAACUACGCAUACUCGGCGUACUUUGGACACACGCGUGCGGGCGACAUGUACGACUACUCGCAGCAUCUGCGGCCGUUUGCAUCGGACGGGACCUUUGUGGGCGCGCCGGGCAUGUUUGGACCACCGAUUGCCGACGUAACGGUCUUCAAGCCCGCGGUCGAGAUCACGCCGUCGACGCUUGAUGAGGCGACGGGCCUGCCAGCCGAGGUGCUUGCCAGCAAGUUUGAGGAGGACGUGGGCCUACUCAACCUGGCUGCGCCGGUUCCGGAGGGCUUCCGGACGGACCUGCCGCUCGACGUGUUGCAGGCGCUGGAGGAUGAGGACGAGUUUGAGGAGCUGCAGGACGACUUUAUUCAGAUUGCGCAGGCCGAGCAGCCGGUCAACGACGCCGAUGGGUUUGACGACACCGAGUGGGCGCUCGAGUAUGCGCGGGUGAUGGAGCCUGAAAAGUACGAGCGGAUCAUGCAGAGCCGGUCCGAGAUGGGCUUCAACUCGGUGUUUGGCGGCGGGUCGGACGAGUCGGGCGUGGCGUACACCGAGGCGUCGUCGACCUUUGUCUCGAUGGUUCCGGUCCACGGCACGCCGUACUCGGUGGCGUCGACGGUGAACCGGCCGCGGGCCGGCCUCCACGAGAUCGACGACGAGCGGCUGGAGGUGAUGAUGGAGAAGGACUAUGAGAUCGACCAAAUCGGUGAGCUGCCGUUUUCGCGGGACACGCGCGGAAACAUGUCGGUGGCCGACUUUGAGGCCAUCAUCGAGGAUGUGCUCGCCGGCAAGGUUCUCCGCAAGCAUUUUAAGCGCGAGGUCCUCCUCGAGCCAGUUCGCGACAUGCCGGACCUCCGCCAGCGCAUCCUGGCGGCGGCGGCGCGGCAGGCUGAAGUCGACGGCACCACGCCGCAGCCGCAGCCGGGCGACGAGCUCGAUGCGGCCAUGGGCUUCAAGCCGCGGGCAAAGAUGCCGGAGCACGACGUCGAGUCGAUUCUCUCGCUCAACUCAAACGUCUCGAAUCAUCCACGCAAGAUCCAGUCCCACUCGGGUCGCUCGACUAUCAAGAGCUCGGCAACCACGACGCCGACCAUUCCUGCCCGCAACACCGCGCCCAAGGGCUCGCGCGCCGACGCUGACGCCGGGCCUGCGCCCGGCUCGGGCACCAGUGCAGAUGCCGCCGCAGACGAUGACGAGUACGAGUACGUUUACGACGACGGCUCAGUCAACGUCGUCAACGAGGGCAUGAAGCGGCCGGCCAACGAGACCAAGGCCGAGAAGCGCGCCCGCAAAAAGGCCAUCAAGGAGGCUCGCCGUGCCGCGCGCCAGCGCAAGAAGGCGAACCGCGCGGCGUUCAAGUCCGAGGCCAAGGUGCUGAAGAAGCAGACGAUGCCGCACGACGGUGUCCGCCCAGGCGACUCGAUCAUCCGGUAUUGAACUGUUGGUGUUACUUG